AUGCUAUUAUCAUGUAAUAAAGUAGAAACUCGACUUUUAGAUGGUAGCGAUAAUAAUAAAAACAAUCCAGCUUCGGGUACUCCGCAACAAAAUUUUCAAGCGAAAUAUCCUCCUGAACCUUUUUUUGGUCCAGACGGUGAUUCGAUGAUAAAAUGUCCUUCUGACAUUGUUAACGACGCUGACCUAACACAAAAACCACCUAAUUGUGCAGAUCCACUACCAGCUGAUAAUUAUCCAAUGCCAAGAUGUAUUUCUAACAUUUUAGCAAAUUAUCGUUUGGGCAAGUUUGAUAUUGGGAAAGCAAUGAGUUAUCGAUCUAAAAGACGAACUAGUCAUUUGACUACUUUUUUUGCUGAAUUUGUUGGUUAUGAUCUUAUCAGUUCAUCAAAUAAUGUUAAAUCAGAUCAUCAACUGUAUAUACCAUCUGAUGACAAAACGUAUAAUUCAUAUUCAUAUAGUUCAUUACCAGGUCAAUUAAGCGAUCUUAGGUUUUUACCUUUUAAUCGAUCGGAUUUUCUUAAUACUACUACACAAAAAUCCAAGCGCACUAGUUACAAUAAUUUAACUCCUUUUCUGGACUUGAGUCCUAUUUAUGGUGUCACUGCUGAAAAUGCAAAAAAUCUUCGUGAAGGUAAUAGAGGAAAAUUAAAGACCAGUGGAAAUGCAUAUGAUCCUUACCCAUUUAAGGAUCCAACAACAGGAAAUUAUGUUACUGGACCUGUUGGAAAGCGAGCAAUUAAUGUUUUUACAAUGGCUAUUCUGACUAUUUGGUUACGUGAACAUAAUAGAUUAUGUGAUGAGUUUUAUGAAAAAAAUGGUGAUGCAUGGACUGAUGAUCAAUAUUUUGAAGAGGCUAGGAAAUGGAAUAUUGCAUUUUAUCAAAGAGUUGUUACUGAAGAAUAUCUUGGUGUUAUACUGGGUAAACCAUUAUCACCAUAUCAAAAAUAUGAUCCAGAUCUAACUCCAGGAAUUGAUGUUUUUUUUUCAACAAUAACAUUCAGAUAUAGUCAUAGUGAGCUGAGUGAUUUUUAUCAAAUUCAAGAUGAAUUUGGUAAUGCAAUCGUGGAAUUAUCAUUACAAAAUACUAUGAAACUAAAUUUACUAGAAAAAUUUGGUGUAGCAAAUUUGUUGGGAUCAAUGUCUUUGCAACGUCAAGAAGAUGUUGAUAUAUAUUAUUCUGAUGCAACAAGAAAUGUUCAAUCACCUGAACCAAACACUUAUGAUCUUGUGGCAUUUGAUGCACUAAGAGCUAGAGAUAGAGGAAUUGCAUUAUAUAAUGAUGUUCGUCAGGCAUAUGGUUUAGAAAAAAAAGAUUCAUGGGCAGAUAUAACUUCGGUUAAAGAAAUACAGGAUAACCUACAACAAUUUAGUAUUGACUUCUGUUCCCAUAGGAACAAUGCUAAAAUCAGCAAGAACAUGACAAGCUUGAGUAGUUGA